GAGCGCAGCGGAGCCAUGCAGUACCCACACCCCGGGCCGGCGGCGGCGGGCGCCGUGGGGGUGCCGCUGUACGCGCCCACGCCGUUGCUGCAGCCCGCGCACCCGACGCCGUUCUACAUCGAGGACAUCCUGGGCCGCGGGCCCGCCGCGCCCACCCCCGCCCCCACGCUGCCGUCCCCCAACUCCUCCUUCACCAGCCUCGUGUCUUCCUACCGGACCCCGGUGUACGAGCCCACGCCGAUCCAUCCCGCCUUCUCGCACCACUCCGCCGCCGCGCUGGCCGCCGCCUACGGACCCGGCGGCUUCGGGGGCCCUCUGUACCCCUUCCCAAGGACGGUGAACGACUACACGCACGCCCUGCUCCGCCACGACCCCCUGGGCAAACCCCUGCUCUGGAGCCCUUUCUUGCAGAGGCCUCUGCAUAAAAGGAAAGGCGGCCAGGUGAGGUUCUCCAACGACCAGACCAUCGAGUUGGAGAAGAAGUUUGAGACCCAAAAGUACCUCUCUCCUCCCGAGAGGAAGCGUCUGGCCAAGAUGCUGCAGCUCAGUGAGAGACAGGUUAAAACCUGGUUUCAGAAUCGACGUGCUAAAUGGAGAAGACUAAAACAGGAGAACCCUCAAAGCAAUAAAAAAGAAGAACUAGAAAGUUUGGACAAUCCCUGUGACCAGAGGCAAGACUUGUCCAGUGAGCAAAAUAAAGGUGCCUUGGACAGCUCUCAAUGUUCACCCUCCCCUGCCUCCCAGGAAGACCUUGAAUCAGAGAUUUCAGAGGAUUCUGAUCAGGAAGUGGACAUUGAGGGCGAUAAAGGCUAUUUUAAUGCUGGAUGAUGACCACUGACAUUCGGAAAGUUCAGAAAACUAGACUCGGGAAUAACAUUUGCUACAGAAAAUCUCUGUAGACAUACUGGAAAGCUAUGAGAGAGGGAAUCAAUUUUCUGGAAACCUGAAAUAUUUGGUGCACUGGCUAAGCAGCAAACUUACAUUGAAACCUUUAAUUUUUACUUAAAUGGCUUAUGUACUGAUUGUAGAUUGUAUGAUGAAGGGACUCUUCACUGAUUGAAUUCACCCCCUUUUUAAAAAAGUAAUUUUUUUUUCUAUUUAUAAAAAGUAAUUUUGAACUUUUUUCAUUAAAUUUUUAAGUUAUAACUUUAAAGAUUUUAAUAAGAUCUUGAAUAACUUUUUAAUCUGUAUCUACAUCACACUUACUGGAAAACCAAAAGGGCACCCCAGAUUCCAGAGGUAUGCCAUGGAAAGGGGUGGCGGCCACAUUUCAGACAGCCUUGGAAUAUUUUAAAAGGAAGAAACAUCCUUUACUUUCAUAUUACAUUCUUACACUGCUGCCUUAAAUCCAAUAUGAUCUCAGAGAUCGUGUCUCGGGGGAUGUGUGUGUUCUUUUUGUCAGAUAUAGUUGAUAAGAAUCUUAAAUGCUUGUUUUGCACUAUCACUUAGUACCUUGUAUGACCAAGUUGUUAAGGGAAUAGUACAGUCCAAUUCAAGCAGAGAAACUGACUUGUCGGUGGCUAAAAUUAAUCACGGAUGAACUAGAAGUAGCAGGUUAACUAAAUGUAAGUAGACUGUAGAUAUUUGUGUUUUAUAUCAAACUGUUUAUAAUGUGUAUGUAUAUAUAAUUGUUCACUGUAAAAAAAAAAAAAUGACCGAAAUGGUUUUUUUUUUUUUUUUUUAAAUGAGUAACUUGUGUAUAAAAUAAACCCGUCGGCAAGACGACUGACCUCGA